GCUAAGAAAAGCUGAUGUAAAUGCAGCUAGGGAAUUCCAGGAGCCAUCUAGCUCUGGUGCAGGCAGUAUUCCCUCCCCUGUCCUGCUCUUCCCUCCGCCUCCUGUCGUCACCCUGAGACACGUGUGGGGGGAGAAGAAUAACAGCUGAAAACCCCAUCUCAGGGCUUCAUAAUCCUGGAAUGAGCUGCGGCAGCUGUGCUGUUCUGGAGGAUGCAAUAAGCAGUCAGGAGUGGGAAAUAACUGCCUGUAACCCUUCCCUGCCUGCCCUUCCUACCACGGGAACAUGAAGGCUGUUUCUCUCCGGGUCCUGUUUGUGCUGAAGGUCUUGUGCCUGGCGACCCUGGCUGGAGGGCAACCCAAAGCACCUCUGACGUGUUCAACAGAGUGCAGCCGUUUUACAUCUGGGAUAGCGGCGAAGCGGAUAAGGAGCUACCGCUUGACUGAACCCCGCUGCACCAAACAAGCUGUCAUAUUUAUUACUCUGAAGUCCCUGGAGAUUUGUGCAGAUCCAGAGGCAGAGUGGGUGAAGAAGAUGGUACAGAAACUGGACCAGAAAAAUGCCGCAGCCUGCCCACUUCCACGUGAUGCCACCUCAGCAGUGGCACCAGAAGAGGCUGGUGUUUUUCAGAAACAUGUUGGCCUUACAGUAACAGUUCCAUCUCAAGCGACUGCUCCAACUAGUUUCUUCCAAGGGACUGGCACAACAGUUCUGGAGAGAAUACGUGUUCCUGCUGCCAGGACGGAGGCAUCCAGCAAGCCUCCACCAGCCAUGCAGGACACCACCCAGGUCCCUGCAGGAUCAUCCCCUGUGAUACAGGAAGUUGCUGCCCGCUUAGAAGUCACUCCAGAAGCAAACAGAGAUUCCUUAAAAUCUCCCGCACCUUCAACAACUUUUGCAGCAGGCAUGGUCUCCAGCCAGUCCACCCCAUAUCCCACGGCUCUUGUGCAUGGCUUUGACAAUGCUGUGGGAUCUACAGAAGAACCUGUAGGACAUACCGCAAAUGCUACGGCUGAUAUUGGAGACACCACUUCUCCUAGCUCAAAUUCAGACCCCAUGGCCAUUACUAAAGGAUCAGACCAUCCUGUACUUUCUACAAAUGAAUCCCUGAACCCUACAAGUGCAAGAGACAAUGCACCAGAUGCUGCUUCUAGCAGUCCUAGUUCAGAUCUCCCCUCCCUCCUGGACAGCAUGGAGAUCACCACAAUCCCAGCCACACCAGUUCCACCAGAGGCUACCUCAGUUUCUACUCUAAACUCCACAACUGCCAUAGACAAAGGUACUUCUGUCUAUACCAAUAAGGUUGCCAGUUCUUCUGCAGGUGCUUUUGGUACUAGAAUAUUUGAUUCUUCAUCGCCUGUAGCAAAGCAAGAGCCUUCAGAUACAAUAGUUUUUACUAGUCAAGCAUUCUCAGGCCAAGUCAGAGUGCAGAUAACUACAGAAAGACCAAACAAUCUGCCUCUUCCCAGCUUCUUGUCAAGAUCUCAGAUGCAUUUUAUCAUCCUAGUUUCUGUGGUAGGUGGCCUGAUGGUUUGCAGUGUUGCCAUUGUGUGGCUAUAUCUAAAAUUUGGAGUCAAAACGGAAGAAAUGUCAAGAGAAAUGGUACAGGGGUUGCUCUACCAGAAUGAAGGACAUGAAAACAGUGUCUAUCCAAUGGAAGUAAUCUGAAUGCUUUAUGGCAUGGACAUUUUUGGCCUAAACCAGAUGUGUGUUGCUGCAGGAAAGCUAAGUUUAUGCUCAACUGGUGACCAGUAGGAAGCAAAGCAGGGAAUAAAAAUACCAGAGAAAACUGAAUUUUUUUGCAGAGCAGAAUGUCCCAAAAUAUAUCUAAUUUGUCAUUGACCAGUGAUGGUAUAUUGGAAAUAAAUGAGAUGCUUUUUUCUUCUGGUACUGUUACGUACAAAGGCUGUUGCUGUUCUAGAGCUGCUUGGUGGCUCUUUGCCAGGUGCUGGGCAGAAGUGAAUUUCCAAAUUGCUGUUGGGAAUUUUUCUGCAUUUCAUCAUGGCCCAGCUGAGAAGCCACCCACUCCCCCACACUGCUGGACUCGGGCUCAGCCACCUUGAGCAAUCUUAACACCAAACCAUACAAUUUGCACUUAACAAACUCUCUGUUGCUUCUUUCUUUGCACUUCAGGUCGCUGCUCUGUCAGACCAAGACUGAUGCUGGUGGCCAGCUGGAUGCUGGCUCUCCUUGGGUUGAUCAAAUACCCCAUUUACUCUUGUGGAGACACAUGGGGUAGUCUAGCUUUUCAGACAGAGGUGACAAAAACUGCAUCUGAUUAGGGGACUGAAGGUCAGUGCUGCAGAUUCCACGUUCAGAGGAGCUGGCAGCACACAAUUGAUCUUCUUGAAAUCAGGCCACCUUUCUCUCCAACAGCUACAGGCAUUUCUUCUUGCAGAUUUAGUCUGAGACCUAGUUCUUGGCAAAUCAACUGCAAUAAAACCCUUCUGCCAGCUGAUGCGCCCUGUGUCCAGCCGCGUCCAACAACAGGGCAGGAUAAUGUGGAGGAGCCUUUGCAAAUGGGAGAAAACAAGGAGUCACCCAAUAAUUUUGCUAUUCCUGUGAUAACAUUGGAGGGGUUCUGCUGUUCUCUGCGAGCACAAAACCCAGGAAAUACUCUCCUGGAGUAGCUCAAUGCAAGUCUGAAUUUAGUCAUAUAGGAAUUACUCCACCACAGCAGACGUACCAUCCUUCUGGUCCCAUAUUCUCUCUAGAAAUCAGCAUGUUUGCUAAUCCACAAAAAAGCAAAAAGUACCUGUUCAUGGUCGUACACUUCAGCUGCAUUUUAGUUUUUCUUUUUUGGCUAGCACUGAUCACCAGGCUAUUAAAGCACCAUAACAGUACGAGGCUUUUUUUUAACCCAAAUUGGUUUUGACUUUUAGACAUCUAGAUGUUACUGUAUGUAAGCCUUAUCUUUUAUCUGUGGUCAGUUCCUGAAAACCAUUAUUAAACAUUGACUCCAGUAUGAAUUUUGCUGGAGCGUGCACAGGUCUUCAAGAUAUGAUGCUUUGUAGGUAGAGGUACACAUCAAGGGUCAGAUCCUCCACUAACCAACCUCAGUGGAUCAGAGCCCAAAGUAUAAAUAUGCAUGUAGAAAAAAAGAAAGCAAAACCACAUAAUAAGCAAGAUAAUCAAAGAGGAAAUGAUGGGCCAGCCGUAAAGCAGAGCUAGAGGAAGGUGGCCUAUUAGAUCCAUCAGAUGGCACCUUCAGGGCAUCCAUCCAGCCCUGGAGGUGGAGAAGAUAGACUGCGGUGGUGUUUGUUUUCUGCCAUCAUUCAGUCCCUUAGUUCUGCAUUUUGUUGACUUGAGAGAGGGCAGCCAGGGAUUCAUCUUGGGCUUUGCAAGUACAGAAUGCAAUCAGAUUAACUGUAAUUAGGAAUUUGGGGUGAAACCCCUCCUUGUACAGCAGCACUCCUGUGCAGCCCAGCUCUGUAAUGCUGGCUGGCAUUGAUGUACGUGGAGGGUAAAUUGGAGGCUGUCGGCACAGCCUCCCCAUCUGCUCCGCUUGUGUGCGGCUGGGGUUCUGGCCUCACAGUUUGUGAGGUGGUGUACUAUGGCAUUAUUUUUAUACGAAACACUAGAAAUGUUAUUUUUGUAGUAAACUUUUGUAGCCAUUUGAAUGUAUGUAAUGUCCUGUCCUUGCUACUGAAGCAUCACGGAGUCAAGACAUUUCUGGAAACAUUGGAAAACACCUUGUCUAUUUUCUUGCUGGUCUUGGAUGGCUUGUUCAUGUCCAUGGGAGCUGGGUCACUCUCCAGGCAGUACAGCAAAUGGAGUGGACACUUGUCUUGUCUGGCUAUGGGUGAAGUUCUCAGCUUGGAGUGAUGCUGGGGAGAUGAACGUGCACCAGGCAGAUCUGAUCACUUCAACUCCCACCAUGGUAUUUGUAAGGACACUGAUUUCAGCUCCACAGCCAGCUCCCACCAUCUUCCAGCUGCCAUGGUCACGCUGGCACUCAUCAGGAGGAGCUGCUCCUCCAGCCUGGAUCCAUUCUUUUGCUCGUCUUGCUCCCCUCUCCUGUUUCCAGACUGCUACCAGGCAGGAUGCUGGCACCCCUCAU